AAAGAAAAGAAAAGAAAAGUUUUGCAUGAAAUAAAAGGAAAAAAGUAUGCACGCAAUCUUCAUCACUUUUAAUUGAGUCAAACCUUUGUAAAGCAAAAUGUUAUACGUAUGUACAUACAUACAGAUACAUAUAUAAGUAACAAAUAUGCAGAGACGGUUGAUUGUAUAACAAUCAAGAACCGUACGAGCUUUGGACCGAGGUGGUCGAAUUCACUGGCGAGAAUGGCGGAGGAAAUCAGCGCAUCAGCUGCGUCAACUACAACAGGAGCAAAAUCAACAACCAGAUCGUUGUGGCCCUCCGUCCUUCGUUGGAUUCCCACCUCCACCGACCACAUCAUCGCCGCCGAGAAGCGUCUUCUAUCUCUUGUCAAGACUCCAUAUACUCAAGAACAGGUUAACAUAGGGUCUGGUCCACCGGGUUCAAAAGUUAGGUGGUUUCGUUCUGUGAGUGACGAGCCAAGGUUUAUCAAUACGGUUACCUUUGACAGCAAAGAUGGUUCACCCACUCUUGUAAUGGUUCACGGUUAUGGUGCUUCUCAAGGGUUCUUCUUUCGAAAUUUUGAUGCACUUGCCAACCAUUUCAGGAUCAUUGCUAUUGAUCAGCUAGGUUGGGGUGGAUCAAGCAGGCCUGACUUCACAUGCAAAAGCACUGAAGAAACUGAGGCCUGGUUUAUUGAUUCUUUUGAGGAAUGGCGUAAAGCCAAAAACCUGAGCAGCUUCAUAUUACUUGGGCAUUCUUUUGGAGGGUAUGUUGCAGCAAAAUAUGCUCUCAAGCAUCCCGAGCACGUACAACACUUGAUUUUAGUGGGACCUGCUGGAUUUUCAUCAGAAUCAGAUGCCAAGUCUGAGUGGUUUACUCGGUUUAGAGCAUCAUGGAAAGGAGCUGUUUUGAAUCAGUUAUGGGAGUCUAAUUUUACCCCUCAGAAGCUCGUCAGAGGUCUAGGCCCCUGGGGUCCAAAUUUGGUUCGCAGGUACACAAGUGCUAGAUUUGGUGCAUACGCAACUGGUGACCUUUUGACUGAAGAGGAGUCCAGUUUACUGACAGAUUAUGCUUACCAUACUCUGGCGGCUAAAGGUAGUGGAGAGCUGUGCUUAAAAUAUAUCUUUUCCUUUGGUGCAUUUGCUCGGAUGCCUCUUUUACACAGUGCGCCAGAAUGGAAAGUGCCAACCACCUUUAUAUAUGGUUUCCAAGAUUGGAUGAACUACGAAGGAGCUCAAAAAGCUCGUAAUGAUAUGAAGGUCCCAUGUGAAAUCAUAAGGGUUCCUCAGGCUGGCCACUUUGUAUUUAUAGACAACCCAAAUGGUUUCCAUUCAGCUGUAAUGCAUGCUUGCCGCAGGUUUCUCUCACCUGACCGGGACCACCUCUCUCUCCCUGAAGGUCUGACAUCUGCCUAAGAGGAGAUAAUUUGUUGUAAUAUUAUAUUCUUGUGCAUAACUGAAACAGGUCUCGUAGUCUUUAUGUCAAGGACCCAUUAAAUGUACAUGGAACCAUAGACAUUUUUUCGGAUGUACUUGUAUAUGAUAAUAAUCUGUCUGUAUAUACUUAUAUCUGAAGUAUAUGGCUCUGUAUUUUACAUCAUAUAGUAAUCCUGUAAUUUAAAUAUUCUUGAAAUUUUCUAAUGUAUUAUUAUUCGAAGUAA